AUGGAUACCGAUCACUAUGAUGACGCACUUGGCGGGGUUGACUUUGGACGCAGUGGCAUCACAAAAGUCAUCGAAGUGCUUGUUUGUGCGGUUGAGCUCGCCUCGAUUGGCUGCCAAACCAAGCGAGUCGUCGGCAAACGAUUGGAUUGCGAGUCGAACAGAUAUGCUCAUUGGCAUGCCUGUGAUGGUCUUGUCGGCGAUGAUGGUCCUAGGGAGACACUCUAUGACGAUGGCAAAGAUGGUUGGGGAAAUUGGAUCGCCCUGUUUUGUACCUCGUUUGAUUUCGAACGGUUCAGACAGUACGUUGUUGACGAUGGCGCGGACCAUGGAGCCGCUCAAAAGGCAGAGUAUUAG